GGCAGACAGUCGCUGAUGAAAAUAAGGAAGUAAACGUCGUCGGAGCGAAGCCGGAGCCCACCUUCUGCUGAAAAGUGAAAGUGGGAUCACUCGACAGCUCUGUAAUAGAAUUCAAGGCACAACGGCUGUGCUAAGGAAGUUAGCCGUCAAGCUAAUUCCUCCACUGACUCCACGUUAUCUCAAAACAAGCACUAGACAGGAAAAAAAACAGAAGGGGGGAGGAAGACACAUACGAGCAUGCACAGUGGUCUCUCUUCGGUCUUUCAUGUUCACUCCUGCAGAGUGGACUGAAAGGACAGGGAGAGGCCCUCAUGACUAAAACAGCUCGUGAAGAGUUCAGGGCCUGGUGACAUACAGAAGGAGACUUACUCCUCUUAUCCCCGGAAUUAUUAUCAGCCACCAUGGACCACAAAGGGGAACUCCUCGGAGGAGCUAUGGGGCUGAAACACGAGGAGCUGCCGCAGAUGGACGGGUUGUGUGAUGCGUGCGAGCCUGACGAGGCCCAACCAGCCACACAAGUGUGCCACUCCUGCAGCUUUGCCUUCUGCCCCGUCCACGCUGACAGACAUGCCAGCAGCACACAUCACCCGCUAAUGCCUUAUAACCAAGAGGAGACACAAGCUAAUGGACUUGGCACCGACAGAGACUCUAGAGUUGGAGGAGGAGCUGAGGAUGUUGCGGGGAGGGCGGCUGGAAUGUGCGCGAAUCAGGGGAUGGCACCGCUUGCGGUGGCAAUGGCUAACGCCGAUGUGAGCGGUGACGCCGGGAGAAAAGAAGGAGCGCAGAAUGGUCCGCAGCUGGAGGCUGAGCUGGGUGACGGAGCUGAGGGUGCAGAAGUGGGGCAGCAGGCCAUGGCUGCUGGAGAGGAUGGGAGGAGGGACACUGUGACAGUAGAGAGACUGCGCUGCAAGGAGCAUGGACAGGAAGGCUCCCUCUACUGUAAACCAGAUGAGAAGAUCAUCUGUGUGGUGUGUGCCGUGCAGGGUGAGCACCGUGAGCAUGAGAUCAUCACCCUGCAUGAGGCCUAUGUGUGGCAGAAGAGCAGGCAGGGUUAUGACUUGCUGGGGUGUACACAGCAGAUGGCUGAGAAGAUCAAGACCAAGUGGACCAACCCUGAGAUGUCCACAGAGGAGCUGGAGGCCUAUGUGAACAGCCAGUUUGAUGAGCUCCGCAGGUUGGUGCGUCUGGAGGAGAAGAGGACCCUUCACCUGGUAGACCUCAAAGAGGCGUUCUUGACAGCUUCUGCUGCUGAGAAAAUCGCAGAGAUCAGCGUCCAAACUGAGCGUCUGCAGGAAGAGAUGGCCAGCAUCACUAACCAGCUGUGUCUGCUGGAACAGGCCGAGGCAGGAGGCCCUGCAGUAGUCGCAGAGGCCCUCAUAGCGGGGCCCGGACCAGCCCACAGAAUGCAGCGCGACAUUGAGGCCAGGCCCAGGCUACCAGAGCCGAGGGCGAACCCCAUGGACCCACGGGACUUUGAAGACAAUGAUUCCGGACCUUCCAUGGACCACGCCCCCUGAUAUCAGCAGACCAGACUCUUGCGACAUCCACCUGUCCUUCAAUGUCUACUUCAGCCAGCCAUCAGCCCUGCUGAGCUGUCAGGCUGGCCCUCCCUCUGUCAGCCGCCUCCCUUUUACCCUGCUCCCCUCCCCUCCCCUCCCCCCUCGGUGCCUGCUGGCAGUGGACUGACCUUGAGAAAGGCUGCUGUGACAAAUAUGGAUGGCCACGUCUUUUCUGCUCUCAAACUUUUUUAAUUCCUCACUGGCUACUAACUUUCUUUAAUUGAGGCAAGCAAGUUAUGUGCAAUCAAUUACCAUCAGACUCAAUUUCCACAGCCAGUCAGAUCCUUGGCUUACUCGCGAGCCUGGCUGAUUCCAAGAGGAGCCUGGCUAGGCAGCCGAGCAGAGCAUCUGUUAAGCCCAACACCGGUCAGGAAUGGGAAAUUCUCUGACAUGGUGAGCUUCACGCUUCGAUAUUUCCUAAUAUAUUUUUGGUUGUGUCGUUUUGACAAACAUUCUGGACACUGUCAGACAUAGAGAGGGAACACUGUCAGAUGCCACAAUGCCUUACGUCGCUCAAGAGAUAUAUUAGAGUGCAAAUUGUUCUGGGUGGCAUUCUUUGAUUGGAAACAGGAGAAAAGGAAAACCUUGUAAAAUGCUGCCUCUUGUACUUGCUAUCACCCUGUUGCCUUGACCCCUCCUUUCCCUCCACCCUCUGCCCCACCUGCUCAUUUCUUCACGCUUGUAGAUUUGUGCGCACUUCCUUGUGUGCUUGUCAGAUCUCUUAUCGCGAGCAGGGGACAUUUUGACACCUAUUGAUCGGUGAAUGCUGCUGAGUCUUUGUUAGGUGAAAAUCGAACUGUAAUUUGACUGUGCAAAAUAGCACUCCCGCAGUAUCAGCUUCCUAUGUACUGUAAUGUAAAGGCUCAUUGCUCCAGGCCAAUCUGCAGCGUGUGACGGAUUACAGUCCUGACAAGCCUACGCACUCUCUACCUUGACCCGCUCAGCCACGGCUCUCAUUCGUGAUGUACCGCCGCACGUCUGUCUGUAUCAGCAGUUUGUUUUUAAUAUGAUUGAUUGUGUCGCCUUAAAUUCAAAAUUGUAAGCGGCGUCACCCACAAUAUGUUUGACAACAGCAUGACUUCACUACUGUCACGCUGUACUAAGAUGCACUGAGAGGUGUACACCCACCCAAGGGAGCGGUUGUUGUGUCAGCAGCCUAUUGAAAUGACUCAUUCUUUAUUCUAGUGUAUCAACAGACAGGAAUCUGACUGAUGUUUCAUCUUGUUUUUAUUUGUCUAUUUUUGUCUUAAAGCUAUAAAUAAACAGUCUUUCUUAGAUUGGA